AUGUCGACGUAUCCUUCAGACCACAAUAUCAAUGACAGUAAUUCGAAUUUACCCCCAUCUCCACCCCUACCUUCACCAUCCACCACACAACUCGAUGCAGUCCGCGACGCGGUGCGAGCACUCCUGCACCAACCUGCAUACGAUGAUGGAUCCGCCGGACCUGUACUGGUGCGCUUAGCCUGGCACAGCGCAGGGACGUACGAUGCGGCGACAAAUACCGGCGGCAGUAAUGGCGCGGGAAUGCGAUAUGAAAAAGAAGGCGGCGACCCUGCCAACGCCGGUCUCCAACACGCACGGGCGUUCCUCGAACCCAUCAAGCGCCAAUUUCCCUGGAUCACCUAUGCCGACCUGUGGACGCUCGCAGCGGUCGUGGCAUUCGAGGAAAUGGGCGGACCACAUAUCUCGUGGCGCGGCGGUCGCACCGAUUUCACGGACGAUACAAAGAUUCCGCCUCGUGGGCGUUUGCCUGAUGGGUCCAAGGGGCCGGACCAUCUUCGCUGGAUCUUCUAUCGCAUGGGAUUCUCGGAUCAGGAGAUUGUGGCGCUGAGUGGUGCCCAUAAUCUCGGGCGCUGCCAUUCUGAUCGUAGUGGUUUCGAGGGGAAAUGGGUCAACAAUCCCACACGAUUUAGUAAUCAGUAUUUCAAACUACUCAAGGCUAAUGAGUGGACGCGAAAGAAACUCGCCAACGGGCUCGAACAGUACGUGUAUGUCGACGAGGAGGAAGCGGCCGAGGCACGGGAGAACGGAGAACCGGAAGAUGAGGGACUCAUGAUGCUUCCCUCGGACAUGGCGUUGCUGGAGGACCCGGCCUUUCGCGUCUGGGUCGAUCGCUAUGCCGCGGACAAGGAGUUGUUCUUUGAUCACUUCGCCGCCGUGUUUGCCAAGUUGCUUGAGUUGGGCAUUCAGAGGGACGAGCACACGGGAGAGGUUGUCAAUGAGGAGAAUCAACAGGCUGGGUAUCAGAGUGCGCCCAAGAAGAGUGAUUUCCCUGCGGCACCGAAGGUUGAUCAAGCCCCGAACCAGAUCUCACAUGAAGCCCGUCCACUGAAGGAGCAGAACCGUGAGCAGUGGGCUAAGUUGUGA